AGAUCUUUUACCCUCUCGACGACACAUGGCCGCCGCCUCGGACCUCGAGUCGGCGCAGCUCCUUUCGCCCGACCAGCCGCGGUCCCGCCUCUCACCCAAGACCAAGAAGCUGCUGGCCGGCGGCGUCGGCCUUGCCUGCCUCGGCGUGCUAGCGAUCGGCCGCUACGACGCCUCGUCGUCGCCCGCGCUCGUCCAUGACGCGCUUGACACGACGCCCAACACGACCGUGCGAUUACCCAACGCGACGACGGCCAUCGAUCGCAUUGGUCGCCUUCCGGACCCGGAAACGAUGACGCCGGCGCUGACGAUGCUCGCGAUCGGCGACUGGGGCGGGACACUCGGGAAAGAGAACGGCGACCCGGGCUCGUGCUGCGUCAUCUACAACGGCUGGGUCAACCCCAAGUCGUACCGGUUCCAGAUCGACUAUUGGGCCCAGAAUUACGUGGCCGAACUCAUGGCGCUCUCGGCGAACGAGCUUGCGCCGUCGCGGAUCCUCUCGCAUGGCGACAACUUUUACUGGGUCGGCGUCGGCCUCGACAACGCCAAGUACCGUUUUGAGCAGUCGUUCGAGAAGGUGUACAACCAGCCGUCGCUGCAGUACGUGCCGUGGAUCAACGUCAUGGGCAACCACGACAUUGGCGGCGCCAACUUUAUCUGCGGCGACAGCGAGCCCUACUACGAGUGCUCGUCGCCGUCCGAGCUCGUCGACUACCUCGAGCACCGGUAUCUCGCGCAGAGCAGCUACAAGAGUCCGUACGGCGAUCGGUGGGUGCUACGGGACCACUACUACGUCGAGCGUGUCGAGCGCAACGGCGUUGUCGUUGAAAUCUUCAACAUCGACACCAACUACGCCGAGGGCAGCGGCGGCAAAGAGGUGUGCUGCCAAUGCUAUGGGUACGCCGCCAAGUACAACACGAACCCGGGUGUGUGCGGCAACACGGAGCGCGGCGCCGCGUCGUGCGCCGGCGGCAGCACCGAGCUCUACGACGCGUGCAUCAACCGCAUCAACGCGUGGGCCGAAGAAGGCUACGCGCGGGCGCUUGUCGACAUUGCCGCGUCCGACGCCGACUUUACCAUUAUCAACACGCACUUCUCGCCGCACUACCACAUGAGCAACGAGAAGAUGCUCAAGUGGUACGACCUCUGCAAGGCGACGAACCUCACGGUGUGGAUCAACGGCCACACGCACGGCUUCAACCACGACAUUGCGACGUGGGGCACGCAUUUCAUUGAGAAUGGCGGCGGCGGCGGCUACUUUACCGCCAACAGCCCCAUCAUCGAGAACGACCUCGUCAAAAAUCAAUGGCUCGUGGUCGGCCAGCCCUACGGUUUCUUUGAGCUCAGCUUCUCCAAAGAGUGGCUCAAGGUCCAAUUCGUCACAUUCGACAACGACUGGCGCUUUGGCGGCUUCGACUACAGCAAACUAAAGGUCGGCGGCAUUGCGCGCGGCCACUGCUGGUACAUUCCGAGCGUCCAUGGCGACGCUCCCAAACGCGGUGUCGAGUGCAACUCGUCCGUGAACGGCGCGAUCGGCGCCCCGCUCUGGUGGAGCUAGAGCGUGCAGGAGGUUGUUAGGGCUAGUAUUUUCUGCAUUAAGUCUAAUUUUUAAUCCGCUGCAUCAUCACCACGACCGC